AUGGAUUUUAUUGUAAAUAUGGUAGAAUAUGCAUGUUAUAUGUACUUUUCAGAUCAUUUUAAGUCUACUUCAACAAAGAAAAUUAUUCUCGUUAUUGGUGGUACCGGUGCACAAGGAUCGGCGGUUGUUAAAAAAUUACUUGGUCCUGAUCGAAUAUCAGGCAAGGAAACGCCAUAUACCGUUCGCAUUUUGACACGCGAUCCAUCACAUUAUAAAAUCAAAGAAGACUUUGAAUCAUAUGACGUUGAAGUUGUACAGGGAAAUGUUUUGGAUUUCAAUAGUGUUUUGAAAGCACUAGAAAACUGUUAUGGUGUCUUUGUAAACACAGAUACGUUUACAAUUGGUGAAGAGGCCGAAAUUUUUGCUGGUAUGCGUAUAUUUGAAUUGGCUAAACAAAUUGGAACGGUCAAACAUUACAUCUACUCAAGUUUAGACUAUUUAAAGAAAAUAGUUAAUUACAAUCCAGUCUAUCGUUGUGCACAUUAUGAUGGAAAAGGACCUGUUGCUGAAUGGAUGCAACAACAACCAUCCGAUGAAAAUGGAAUGGUAUGGAGUAUAGUAACAACUGGACCCUACAUAGAAACGCUCCAAGGUGGUCUCUUAGUUCCACGUAUACAAGAGGAUAGUACACGUGUAUUUGCUGCACCAUUGGGCAAAGGACAUUUACCAAUUGUAUCGGUUGAUGAUAUUGGAUACUUUGCACGUUAUAUAUUUGAUCAUCGAAUAGAAACAAGUGGCAAAGAUUUGAAAAUUGCUUCUCAAAUGCUCGGUUGGGAUGAACUCGUCGAAACAUUUAAACGAGUUACAAAUCUACCUGCUGUCUACAAGGAUCUUCCAUAUGAUGAAUGGGUUGAAGCAUUACCAUGGAGAGAUGCUGCACUUGCAACAGAUGUUCCUAAUGGUAUAACAUAUCGUGAUAAUUUCCGUGCGUGGUGGCGUUUGUAUCACGAUGAUAUUAUAAAACGAGAUAUGAAAUGGAUUGAACAGGUGAAUCCAGAGCGUGUUACAGUUGAAGAUUGGAUUAGAAAAACAGGCUACGAUGGCACACCCAAACCAUUAUUGAAAGUUAUGCAUUGUAAUGCACGAAUAGAGAAAGAAUCUCAUCGAUCCUUCAGUAAACGUGCUUGUGCUCGUCCUGGUGAUGUUUGCACUAGUACUUCCGAUUGUUGCGGCCAUGAUGAUCCUGAAAGUGGUCAUUGCGUUCUCUGGACUGGCAUUCUGCCUGUUCUUUUCAAUGUUGAUCGUCGUACUUGUAAUUGUAGUACUUAUUCUAUUGCUGUUGACCCUUAUACUCAUCGAAUUGUGACUGAUGUUUGUGAUGGUCGUGAUCGCACUGGUAGUCCUGUUUGUCGUACACGUGUUGCUCCUCCUGAUGAUGUUUACUAUCGUGGUGAUGAUUACUAUUAUGGCCGUGGCAAGAAAAACUAA